AGUGGCACCAAUUUUUUGUGGCUUUAUGAGAGUGGGCAGGUGAAGAUGGCCUCAGCAACCAUGAAGGUCACCACUGGACUCACUCGUCUAGCUGUGGCAAAAACUCCGCAUCACACACUAUCAGUUCUUUAUGGAAAGAUUCUUCGAUGUGUUCAAAAGAUGCCAUCUGAUGCUGCAUACCGCCGAUACACUGAAGAGAUUGUCAAAGAAAGAGUCAUUGCUGUGGAAGAAGAGCCUAACAUCUUCAAGCUGGAAGAACGGAUCGGCAGUGGACAGGUGGAGGAAGUGAUACUUCAGGCUGAAAAUGAACUGUAUUUAGCCCGAAAAAUGUUGGAAUGGAAGCCCUGGGAGCCCUUAGUGGAUAAGCCCCCUGAUAAUCAGUGGAAGUGGCCUGUUUAAAUUGACUCUGUUUUCACGCAGUAAAUUUCAUUAAUGGAUUUCCUUGUAGAGUACCAUCAUAAUUAUUGUUUCUUGUGAAUUUUGUUGAACUCAUUCUUAACUCUGUACUGCUUUCUGUCGAGCAUGCAGGACAGAAUGCAGCAUAGAGUUAAUAAUCUGUUCAUGACAGUAUGAAAGAUUGAGAAUAGAGUAUGAUGAAUGUC